AUGAGUGCACCAACCCUGCCGAAACCUGAGCUCGAGACGCGUCUGCUCCAUGCUGACCACCCCGAUGCAAACAAGGACCCGGCGCACCCCAUUGCGCCGGCCAUGUCGCUCUCGACGACAUUCCGUCAGCCGCACCCCGACUCCGAGAUGGCGCAGCUCGCUCGCGCUUCGUACGACACGCCCGAGAACCCCCCGGUGAACAUCUAUAGCCGCUACACUCAGGACACCUCGCUGCGUGCGGAAAAGGUGCUUAGCAGCCUUCUUGAUGCCCACGCGAUCACCUUCAGCUCGGGCCUUGCCGCCUCAUUCGCCAUUUUGAACCUGCUCGCCCCGUCGGCGAUUGCGAUCCGCCGUGGCUACUUUGGCGUGCAUGAAGCCGCGCACAUCUAUGCGCGUGGCCGCGAUACCAAGAUCAUUGAUCUCGACGAGAACUUCCCGGUGAACGAGGGCACGCUCGACGAGGCGACUGGCAUCCGCCGUGGCGCGACGCUUGUCUGGGUCGAGACGCCGCUCAACCCCACCGGUGAGGCGCGCGACCUGGUGCACUACACAAAGCGUGCGCAUGAAGCCAAGGCCUACAUUGCUGUCGACAGCACCUUUGCCCCUCCGCCCCUGCAGAACCCCUUUAACCAGGGCGUGGACUUUGUGAUGCACUCUGCGACGAAGUACAUGGGCGGCCACUCGGACAUUCUCGCAGGUGUAGUGGCCACCAAGGAUUACAAGAGCUACAAGGCGCUAUGGGACGACCGCUCUGCGCACGGUGCGGUGCUGGGCUCGCUGGAGGCCUACCUCCUCCUGCGUUCGCUGCGCACCAUGUCGCUACGUGUGCGCCAGCAGAGCAAGACCGCGACCGAGCUCGUCAAGUGGCUACACUCCCUCACCGAGGGCCAGACCCCCGCGGAAGGCACGCCGAAGGAGAUUGCAAACGGCCAGUUCGUCCAGCGUGUCUUCCACUCGACGCUGCAGCCCCGCACGGACAAGGACAGCGACCUGAACCCUCACAACAAGCUCGAGAAGCUCGACUUUGACCCUAGCAAGCAGAUGCCGGGUGGCGGCUCGCCCACGUUUGCCAUCUUCACCAAGGAGGAGAAGUUCGCUGUCUAUCUGCCGCACGAGCUCGCCUACUUUGUGCCUGCUACGUCGCUCGGCGGUGUCGAGUCGCUGAUCGAGCAGCGCAAGCUUGCCACGAAGGACGAGAGUCCCAACAUUGUCCGCAUCUCGACGGGUAUCGAGGACUUUGAGGACCUGAAGGCCGACCUCACGCGCGGCAUGCUCCAGACCCUCGCGAAGCACAAGUAG